GAUGCGAUUAGCAAGUACAAAGAUACAAUCGACUCAAUAGUUCAUAGAUUGAAGCUGCAAGUGGCGGAAAUGAACAAGGCUGCAAGGUUUUAUGUAGAAACAGAAUAUUUGAAUAAUAUUUAUGAUCUCAGUAGGGUUCCCCAUUCGGAUCCCAAAGAAGUGACUGAAUUAGUGCGGACACCAGUAGGGCACUCCGGCACUCGAAACCCUAGCUCCGCCAAUUUUUGUGGUAUGGUUGUAAUUGGUGUGCACAGCAUCAAUAAGUUCGCAAGCAACACCAAUUUGAUCGGCGUGCAGCAUUAA